UUACCCCGAGGCCCCUUUCAGGAACAUGACCCAGCACAGUGGAGCCGUCGUGCCGCAGAAACAUGGAGAAAGGGAUUGUUUUGAAACCAUGGCAGAUAAAACAGGGAUUUCCCUCCUCCACCCACGGCCGUGCCCCUUUUACACCAACAACUGCCCCACCCUCUCCUCCCUCUGAACAGACAUGCAAAAACCCGACGCUGCGCUGCACAGAAGGCCUCAGCCGGCACAAACACGUUUGUUAAAAGGACGGCACUCCCCGAUCCCCGCACCCCGGCCCGCCGCGGAGAGGAGGGGAGGAGGAGGGCGGGAGGCCGGGAAUCAUGGAGUGGCAGCUGGAUCUCGCUGCGCUCGGCGUGGCCCUCGCCGGGUGGCUGUGUGCCGUCCUGGCCCGCUGCCUGGCGCUAUGGACGGUGAGCGGCACCGUGGACAACACCACGGCCACCCUGCCGGCAUACUGGGACGGGGUGUGGCUGGAGUGGGAUCACUGGGACCUGGCCCACGACGGCAGCCUGCACUGCUCCUUCUACCGCUCCCUCAUGACUCUCUCCGGGAGCUUUAGGGCGUGGAGGGGCCUCGUCAUGGCCGCCAUCGGGGCCGGCGGCUUGGCCGUGGCGGUCGGCGCGGCGGGGGCCGUGUGGUUCCCCGCGCGGCGCCAGGUCAAAGUGUUUGCGGGCGCCCUCUUCGUUUUGUCCGGGGUGCUGCUGCUGGUUCCCACCGCCUGGACGUGCCAUCACACCGGGCAGCCGCUGGAGGGCGCCGUGCCGCUGAGGAGGGACUGGGGACCCGCGCUGUACCUCGGCUGGGUCUCCUUCGCCCUGAUGUUGGUCGGGGGGGCGCUCCUCGCCGCCAGGUGCCCCACCGGGGAGAGGCCGGCCGGGCGGCCGGGGGACGACGGGCCGAACUGGUAGCCCUCGGAGGAGGCCAGUCACCCGCUGAGCCGGAUCAACAGGACCACGUUCACUCAGAGCCAGUUUGAGCGCAGAGGCGAGCCCACCUGAGGGGCGUUUUAAACCGCAUGCUGAUCAGCAUGCGGAUUAAAUAUGUCUGGAUGCCGCGAUGAAGUAAUGAUGCACUGAUCUAACUGAGCAUUUACUCUCUUCAGUAUCACUGUAGAACGACACUCCUUGUUUGCUUUAUGUUUCUAAUACUAAUGAUUCUGAAACUUUUACUUCUUAAUUUAGUUUACAUUAGUCUUAAAUCUAAUACCAUAUUUGUUUUGAGGGGAAUCUUUCUGCACGAAAAGACAUCGUGGGGCAAAUUGCAUUGCAGGGGAAACGUAUUUGUUUGCAGGAGUUAUUAGGAUUGACUAUAUUUUAAGUCAGGGUAACACAGAGCCCUUGAUGUAAUAAGGUUAGCAGUCAUUUGGAAUGUUUGUCUAUGACAAAGGAAGAGGACACGAUGGGAAUUGAGCAUUGAGAGGGUUGAUACAUUACGACGGUUGAGUCUACAACAAUGGGCUUUUCAGAAUUACAUUUGCAGAUCUAAUUUAACCCAUGCAAUAAAAUACAAGAAUAAAUGCACAAUUGUAAUGUGAAACACAUAAACAAGGUUCAGGAAAGUAUGUCACUCUGAGGAUAUUUUGCGAUAUUAUCAUUUAAUACAAAAAUCGGGAAAGUGCAAUAUGUGGAAAAGCUGAUAUCCUUUAGCUUUCUUCUUUAAAUUCCCCUGAAGAAUUGUAGUGGACAAGGGAGACGACACCGUUUACUGUUCACUUUUAAGAAUCGAAUUUUAAUCCCGGGAAUUCGAUGUAAUCUUGGGAAAACUGUUGGGGGGGAAUUUUGUAUUUAUUUGUAAUAAAAGCUACUAAUUUGAAGAAAUAUUUACACUAUUGCAUUUUAUUCUUUCUGAACAUUAAAUACAAUCCUCCGCAAUAAAACGCCGUAGUAAUCAUGUGGGUGUGCAUGUCUGUCCACAGCGAAUCUUACAUACUGGUGUAUCCAUCAGCCCUAUGUUUUCAGUUCUUGUUCAUUAAAGGACCGUUCCUGGCUGUGGUCCCUUUGGUUUCAGAACC